AUGGUUUUGGUGUGUUUAAUGGCGCAGCAAAUAUUAGGCAAAAAAGGGGAAGUUGUUGGAUUAAAAGAAGAUAAAGCAUAUUUUAACUCAGGAACACGUUCUAAUCUUGUUUCAACAGAUGUAAAUAAAUUAAUUCAUAAAUGUGUUAAUAAAAUUAUUGAAGAAUUAGAAUCAUACCAAAAAAAUGGAAGUGGAUGGUAUUUUAAAGAAAUUAUUCAACUUGAAAUUCAUACUGUUGUGUUUAAUCCAAUGAAGGGGUCAUCUUACAUUCCUCUUCCAGAUUGGAUAACAAAUAAAAAAGCAAUAGUUAAUAUUGAAAACAAAGAUGAGAAAUGCUUUCUUUGGUGUAUACUUAGAUAUCUUCAUCCAAGAAAAGAUAAUGAUGCCCGAUUAACAGAUUUAAAGAAGUAUGAGUUUUCACUUAACACCAAAGGAAUUACUUUUCCUAUGAAAUUAAAUCAUAUUUCCAAAUUUGAAAAACUUAAUCCAUCGAUUCCAGGAAUUAAUGUUUUUUCAGUUAAUGAAAACAAAACGUUUUAUCCUUUGAGAAUGGCAGAGAGAGAGUGUUUAAAUAGUAUUGAUUUGUUUUUAUAUGAAGAAGAUGGUGUUUCCCACUAUUCACUAAUUAAAAGUUUUACUCGUUUGAUUAAAUCACAAUUAACUUCAAGUAAGAAUGGUUCAUUUUAUAUUUGUAAAAAAUGCUUUACUCAUUUUACUAAGUAUGAAUUAUUACAAAAACAUAUCUUAUAUUGUUCAAAUAAUGAAACAGUUUCUGUAAAAAUGACAAAAGAAAAUACGAUGUUGGGUUUUAAAAAUUACUACAAACAACUUCCAAUCCCUUUUGUAGUUUAUGCGGAUUUUGAAUGUUUUACCAAACCAAUGAAUACUUGCAGUCCUAAUCCAAAAGAAUCAUAUAAUUACAAUUACCAAAAGCAUGAACCAUCAGGAUUUUGUUUUUACAUUAAAGGAAUAGUUCCUGAUAUAACGUUUAAACCAAUUAUUUACACAAAAACUAAUAGUGAUGAUAAUGUAGCUAAGAUAUUUGUUAAUAAAAUUGCAAAAGUAACUAAUAAGAUAUAUAAUGAUUUUUAUCGUCGCCCAAUACCUCUUCGUUUAACAAAACAAGAACAAAUAUCCUUUGAUAAAGCGGAAACUUGUCAUAUUUGUAAGAAAGAAUUACUGUCUGACAAAGUUAGAGAUCAUCGUCAUUUUACUGGUCAAUAUCGUGGAGCUGCUCAUAACAGUUGCAAUCUUCAGUGUAGAAAGCCAAUGAUUCUUCCAGUUAUAUUUCACAAUCUUCAAGGAUAUGAUGCACAUUUGUUUAUAAAACAACUUGCUUGUUUACCAGGUGAGUUAAACUGUAUUCCAUCUACAGAAGAAAAGUAUAUUUCCUUUUCCAAAAAGAUUAAGGUCGAUGAGUAUAAAUCUCGACUCACUGGAGAAAUGGUUUCAUUAUAUUUUGAAAUACGAUUUAUUGAUUCAUUCAAGUUUCUUCAAACAAGUCUUGCUAAUCUUGUUUCAAAUCUACAACCAGAUGAUUUUAAUAAUACAAAAGAAAUAUUUAGUGAAAAUGUAGACCUCGUAAGGGAGUUUAUCCAUAUGAUUAUGUUUCCUCAACGGAAAAACUAUCUGAAACACAAUUACCUCCAAAAGAAGAAUUCUAUUCAAAACUAA